AUGAGAGGAAUCACCACCAAUGAUGUGAAGGGGUUCGUCUGGAAGAACCUCAUUACAAGGUUUGGGAUGCCUCAGUCCAUUAUUUUUGACAAUGGGCCACAAUUUGAAAUGCCCAAACUCCGUGAAUGGCUGGCCGAUCAGGGUAUUAAAGCCCAUUUUGCUGCAGUUGCCCACCCCCAGGCCAAUGGACAAGUUAAAGCCUUCAAAAAAAUCUUAUCAGCAGGAACUAAAAAGAAGCUCGACAAUGCAAAAGGAUUGUGGGUAGAAGAGUUACAGUUGGUUCUAUGGUCGAUUAGAACAACAACCAAGAACUCAACUGGAGAAACUCCAUUCAUGCUCGUCUAUGGCUCAGAAGCCGUCCUCCCCAUUGAAAUUGAAGAACCAACUCUGAGGGUCAUGCUGUAUUCAGAGGAGGCCAUUUGGGCUGCUCUCCGGACGGCUUUGGAUCAGGUUCCUGAAGUAAGGGGCAAUGCUCUGUUAAGGAUGCAACUCUAUAAAUUAAGAAUGACUCGAGAAUUUAACAAGAGAGUGGCUAGGCGGUCAUUGAAGGAGGGAGAUCUCGUCCUGAGAAAAAUGGAAGUAGUUGGCCGGGCCAAGGAAUGGGUAAGCUCACUCUGA